UAAUGCCCUACCGAUUGUAAAAAACAUGGUGUCAACCAUUGUUUGUUGUCCCCAAUAUUAUUUGAUCGAAGUUGUCUAGGAAGUACAGGUCAAGGCGACAUAAAUCUUGUCACGCUAGAUUGCUGAAAAUCAAUGAGGCACCUGGGUAGCAGGCAAUGAUUGCAUCAGCCUUCUGGAAUCUUGUGGGCUUGUCUGACAUGCGCACUGAUAACAGGAUGCCGCUCAUUUUGAGCACCAAUUCCGCCGAGUAAGAUAAAAGUAAAUUAUGGCCACCAAUGGGGAGGAAGAGGCAGACACUUGGAUGGAAUUCAUCGAGAAGCUGAAGGCUGUGGAUGGGGGCAAGAAGAAAUCUCCCAAACCUGACUCCUACAUUAAAGAGAGUGCCUCCUAUGAGGUGGUGGAAGACUACGACUGCAUGCUGAACCAGACUAACAUCCAGAAGAACAACAACAAGUACUACGUGAUACAGGUGCUGACCCGCGGUGGGAAGUACUACACCUGGACCAGAUGGGACAGGGUGGGGGAGUCUAAUCGAAAUUGUUUAAAUCCACACAAGGACCGUGACGCAGCAGUGACAGAUUUUGAGGAAAAGUUCAAAGAAAAAACCAAGAACACAUGGGCCAACCGCCACAGCUUCGAGCCCAAGCCAGAGAAGUACACUCUCAUUGAGAUGGCAAAUGAUGAGGAGGAAGAUGUUCCUGUGGUAGUCACCAGUGGAAGAAGGGUAGAGGAAGCCAGUCUAGUUGAGUCUACACAGAAACUGGAGAAUCUCAGUCUCGACACUGGAGUGAAUAUGCCGCUGGGUAAACUGAGCAAGGCACAGAGAGCUAAAGGCUUUGAGGUGUUGAAUGAGAUUGAAGAAGAGUUGGAGGGCAACCAAGCAGCAGACAAACUCAGGGAACUGUCGUCGAGGUUCUACACAGUGAUUCCACACGCCUAUGCUCGCCAGAUUCAUCUGCCAUCUAUUGCUGACUCAGAGACUCUUCAGAAGAAGAUGGACAUGUUGGCUGUGCUUGGAGAUAUCGAGCUGCUUCAAAGUCUACAGAAAGUCAUGGAUAUUACAGCUAUGGAAAUUGCAGCUGUUCGAGAGCGCAUCACUAUCCUGCAACAGGCCCCUGCUACUCGGCCUGGGGCGCAGUGACCAUCCUGCCAAGACAUCCCAACUAACAGGCUCCAGCUGGAUGAAUUCAUCACCAAAGGCUGGGAGGCGAUGGCGGUGCUGCAGUCAGCUGAGGGGAGGCGUUUUCAGCAACAGUUGGACCAGCGUCGCGCAGCUGAUGCUUAUAUUUGAAGCAUGUCUCAGGGCAGUGGCAGCCAACACACAUAGGAUAAAUGAGACAAGGGGUGCAUACUGUGUCUCAGCGUGGAGAAUUUCAAUUUUAUUUCAUUUUCUCUGAUGUUCUUAUCACAUUUCUUUUCGUCUUCUUAUAUUUUCUCUUGUGAUUUCCUGGUAAGGAAUUAUUAAUGUAUGUACAUGAUAUUUGUAACAUGUAUUUAUCUGAAAUGCAUAAUUGUAUUGUUUGAAUUGUAUUGUUAUGCAACAAAACCAGGUUCGUUUUUUUAUGCUCACUUUUUAACUGUAAGGGCAAACUGCAAGAGAGAGAAAACAAUAGGAUUAUUUAGCUGUAUUAAUGUAAAUAUGUUAACUUGGGACCAGUCUUCUUUAAAAAACGGGGCUAUUGUAAUAGUCAGGUCGUAAAUGAUCGAGGACUUUGUAUGUUUAUCACGCUUCCGAGAUCAUGUUCAUGUUUGUUAACUUCUCAAAACAUGAUUACAUCUUAUUACAUACAUGUAUUGUGUGUAAAAACAAUGUAUAUUGUAGUUACAAGUUCAUAUUAAUGUAUUUUGUCGUAAGAUUUAAUGGUUAUGAUUCGCUCCAGAGAUAUGCUCAAAUUGUCCGCCGAUCUCCAGGCGAUUACGUCAUCAAAACGUGUUGUUGAUUCAGAGAUUGUUUAUACAUUAAAUCUGCUAAAAUAUAAAUGGAUAUUUAAAUAGUACUUACGCAGGCGUGUUCCUGGAGGUGGUAACUGGUAAACUAUAUCCAUUAAAUUUAAUGUCACGUCUUAUUUGGAUCUUAGAUCGCAUUCUUCUCGCUCUAACGUUCGGCGUCUUCUGCUACAUGCAUUACCGGAAGUACGAUGACGUCAUAUAGUGUACUCUCGUUCUAAAGCAGUUAGAGAGACAACAGACUCAACGUAAGUUGUAGUGUUUUUGGGCCGAGAUAUUUUCUAGGAAAUUUUGCAUUAUUAGAGUUUUAUAUUUGAAUUACUAAUAACUACAGUGCUGCAUUCUUGGCUCUGCCUUUGCGCACAGAAGUUAUUCUUGUGAAAUUGAAAAUUUGGAAGUUACAGGAAUAAUAGAUCUACAGUACUCUGAACUGUCAUAACGGACAAGUUGGUAAACUAGCAAAGUUUUAUUCACUCUUGCAGUUGCCUAUCCUUGAAUUGCUAUUGUCAUCUGUAAAAUAAAUAACAACAACAGCGAGUAAAGAUUCACUGACUUUA